AUGGCCAAUGUCAAUCCCGUCGUCCGCAGGGGACGCAACGUAUUGCUCGGCGCGUCGGCGAUGAUGUUCACGGACCAAAUGGCCGUGGAUAUAUACUUUGACGACUUCUGGAAUGGGGAGGGUCCAUUGCGGCGGGUCACGGUCGUUUGCGUGGGUUGGGGCAUGUCGAUCGCCGUGGUUCAACGGGCGGUGCAGCGGGCUGGUCCUUGGGAUUUCGAUGACAUGCUACUCCAGCAGAUUGCCGUCCAGGAUUUCGGCAUACAUCCGUUCAACCCCCCAGGGCCCCUGCCAAACGUCCCCGUGGGGCAGCCUCUUCCUGCAGUGGGCGGGUACAUUGUCAACGGCCAUGCGGUUCAAGGGUUUCACAUACCGUGGCAUCACCGUGUCGAACUUCGUCGUUCUGAGCCUGGAAACCCGCCCCUCCACUAUAAUCAACAUCUCCCUCGCAGACACCACCGCGCGGAGCCUCCCGCUAUCAAGCCCGGAGGGAGCCACCGCGUAUUCAGCACCAUCACUUAUGGCACACAAGUCCAGAACUUCCGCCGGAUCAAGGAGGUACCCAGUGCAGACGAGGCAGAUGCCUGA